AGGCCAUGAUUUCAGCUGCGCCUGCGCUGCACUCAGCGACACUGGAGGCGAAAAGGCAGCCGAGCAAACAGGCUCCUCUCCCACUCCUCAGUCCCCUCCCCGCGCAGUCCCUCGCACUCGCAGGUCGCAGUCUCGCAAAUCUCCCGUUCCCCGGUCCGCUCGUUGGUGCUCAUGACUCGUGAGCAUGGUGGUGCUACAUGAUACAACAGGGAAGAAGAAGGAGGCGGUUGUGUGCUAUAUGGAUGCCCCUGCACCGUACGCAAUCGAAGAAAAUUUUGGGGGAUGCUUCUUUGAAGAUGAUGUUGAUCUUGCACUAGUUCUUCAAGAUCAGGAAAUAGUAUAUCAAUUACUCCAAGGAAAUGAUGUUAGUGGUUCAUCUAGGACUCAUUCUUAUCCUAGUUCUAGUUGUGGUCAUCAGCGGACAUCGGGUGAACCAAAAUUAAGAGGAGCUGCAAAUUAUGAGUCACAGCUAGCUGUCGAUGAAGCUUUAGCUAGAGAGUUGCAAGAGAUAGAAGACCAAAUUUCUAAUACAUCAAUUGGUGGCAAUAUCUUAAAAGAAGGAAGAAAGCCAGUACGUUCUUCAACACCCAACCAUGGCAAUACUUCUGCAAGCAGAACUCCUCAGGUAGUAACAGAGGAUAGCGUCGAUCCUGACAAUAUGACUUAUGAGGAGCUGCAGCAAUUAGGGGAAACUAUUGGUACACAAAGCAAAGGUUUGCCAGAAGAUGUGAUAGCACUCCUCAAGUCUUCAACAUACAAAAUUAGGAUAUUCUCAAGAAAGGAAAAACACGAUGAAUGUGUGAUAUGCUGUAUGGCUUACAAGAACCGAGAUAAGCUGACUACAUUGCCCUGUGCGCAUCAGUACCAUCAAACUUGUGUCGCCAAAUGGUUGAAGAUCAAUAAGGUAUGCCCCGUUUGCAACAAGGAGGUUUUUGGGUCAUAAAAGCGAAGAUUGCAGAUUCAUCUGAUGGUCAGCGUCUACGUGGUCAAGAGGUGUUGUGUUACUGGCAUUGUGCAUCACUUCAUUAGCAUGCUACCUGGUUGCGAAAAAUGCAAGACUAACAAGAGUUUAUGUUUUCGUUCAGCAAAAAUAAACAGGUUGGUGCUUAUGUUCUGGAUUUCUCACUGUCAUAAGACUAACAAUAGUCGCUGGAACUUCCCACAUGUCCCAGACGUGUUGCCUCACUGCAUGUAACCAUAUUGUAGAGCAUUGUAACCAUAUUGUAGUUUUUCACUGCUGGUGACUACUAUUAGAUCCGCCAUGCUUCAUCUGGGCUAGAAUUUUCCACAGGCCGCAUUAUUGUCUUGUUCCAUGGCCAUGAUAAAUUGCGCUCUGAUGGAAUCUGACUUGUCUGGUCUGGGAAUAACAAGAGCCUUAAGAUUCCACGCA